AUGGCGGCCACAAGCCUCUCAUCCCAACACCCUUUUCUCUUCUUCGUCUCCCUUUCUUACCUGGUCAGCCAACCAGCGCUCACCCAGGACUCUUCCUUCUCCUUGGCGACCGUCACGGAGAACGACCCCAUUCUCACCCCCACCAAAGUGGUCAACCAGACAUCUCCAAGAUAUCAGGACGUAACCCAGGUGACUCCUCCAGAGACGGGGCUUUCCACACCCACCAGUGGUGGAGAUGGUGAUGAUGAGGAUGACCCACCAGUUGGAGGAACCCGAUGCCAGGGUUAUUAUGAUGUAAUGGGCCAGUGGGACCCACCAUUCAACUGCAACGCGGGGGUCUUUCUGUACUGCUGCGGCACAUGCUUUUAUCGCUUUUGCUGCCAGUUCCGUCAGCAGAGGCUGGACCAGACCAUCUGCUCCAACUACGACUCGCCCAUCUGGGCCAACACCGGGAAGCCAGUGGCGACCAUCACAGAGGGCCAGGGGGAUUCGGACCGGGAUCGUACACACCUCAUUGUUUACAUCAUAUGUGGUGUUGUCGCAGUCAUGGUGUUGGUGGGCAUCUUCACCAAACUGGCUCUAGAGAAGACCCGCGGGGGAAGUGGGGGAGGAGCAGGGGUACCACAGACUGACAUCAACUCCAGGACGCUGACAGACCUGUUGAAGCAGCAGGGAAGUGAGGCGAGUUCGGUAGAAAACGCCACGGUCGGUUCACCCAGCAGAGACAGGGCCAAUGGCGUCUUGACCAGGAUCCCGCGCAGCAGGAGUGAACAGUACCAACUGAAUAAUGCAGCCUAUGGCGCAGCCGGACAAGGGCUUCCUCAGCCGCAUAGUAACCACAGCACACUGGGACUCAACAAAUACACCUCCCUCAAAGCUGUGGCAGAAACCGCUUCCCGUAGCUAUUAUAAGAGCUUUCCUGUGAUGGACUUCUCCAAUUACCAACCCGUAGCACCUCCUGCCUUCCAGUCCUCACAGCCGAAAGAGAAGUCAUACAUCCACCAGCCGCUGCCAGCGCACCAUGAUAUCCACACCCCUUUGUCUAUCUCCAUCCCAUCCAACCACUUUGAGCACUCACGCCUCCCUAAGACCACCACACACCCGUUUAUCUCCAAUUCUGCCUUCAAAGCCUGGGAACCAGCUGGCCGCCAUGUCCACAGGCAGACCUCUGCUCCAGCGCACACCUCUUCGUCUCUGCACAGCUCCACUCGGAGACACGGAUACUCGACACGGAGGCAGCAGAGCAUAGAGAACAUGCAGGAUGUCUUUAACCAUCCCUAUGGAGGUAUGUAUGGAGGAGCUGGAGGUGGAGGAGGGCAGGGUCACCAUGUGCAGGUGCAGCACACUUCUCAGCCCUCAUACCACCACCACCACAGCAGGCAGAAGAGCUACUCCACCCACAGCGCCACUGAGGUGACUGUCUGA